UUUCCCAAGAAACUUGUUGACUGUGUCGACUACGUUAAAGCCAAGUUGCCUCAGCUACCACCACUUGGUGUAGGCACUGGUGUUGGCUUUGGUUGUGGGAUUGGACUUGGUUGGGAGUUUGAGCAGGUUCGAAAGUAUGGCGUACAGACACCUCGUUCUUUCUUAGGUUGUGGUGUUGGUAUUGGAAUCGUUGGUGUGGGUUAUGGUCAAGGUUGGGGUUGGUACUUGUUUAAAGAUAAACGCAGACAACGGAGUCAAGGAACUUUAGGGGACGUUGAAACAAAGUUGAAACUCCAGUUAUUUCAAUUUGUGAAUGCUCUUUCUCUUCUAUUUUCAAAAUGGAAUAAAAAGUUCAACAAGCAAUCCUAUCUGGAAAGCAAAUAAAUGUUGUAAGCAUUCAACUCUUUCAAUGAAAGCGACAUUUGAUCAUAUUGUGAUAAACGCUUUUGACGUCGAAGUUUUAUUGCGUUUUUAUUCGGACUUGUUGGAAUUUCCUUGUGUUCGCCUCACAGAAUGGAGACAAGGCAAAGUUCCUUUUCCUUCUGUUCGUUUAAAUGACGAAACUAUUAUUGACUUAUUCCCAGCAAAACUUUGGAAAGGAGAAAACACUGUAGUUAGAGACUCUACGACUUUGAAUGUAAACCACUUUUGUAUUACUCUUGCAAAAGUAGACUGGGACUAUCUCGUCAAGAAACUUGCACAACAUAAUAUUCAUCCAGAAUCAGGAUCCAAAGUUCUUUUUGGAGCCAAAGGGAACGGAACUUCGAUAUACAUAAGAGAUCCAGAAAAUAAUCUCGUUGAAUUGCGUUAUUACGAAGACUAGAUAAAAUAAGAACAGCUUUCAUAUAACAGAGAGUGACAUUUGUCAUGA